AUGGGUGUGGACAUUGCAGAAUGCCAUAACUAUUCGAUGGACAAUAUCAAGAAAAGAAACCGUGCUGCUGCUGUGAAGACUGGUCAACUACCAGCUGCACCAACACAAACAACAAUGGCAUCUACGUCCUCCCCAUUGAGCCCCGUCAAUAAUGGUUCAGCUGAUUUGCAGGAUGAAAAUGAUGCUGUUGUGGUGGAAAAGAAAAAACGUCACCUUAGAAUACCCGGUAGAAAGAAGCACAAGCGCUCAGCUAGUCAGUCAUCAACCGAAUCUUUUGACGAACCGGUAAGUGAUUUAUCGAGAUCUUCUACUUUCAAGAGUAGUUUGAAAGAAAUUAAUGAAGGAUCUACAUUGACUGGAAUUGAAACUCCACACCCACAACUGCCUGUUCCAUCCACUAGAAAUAGAUUCAGUGGGGAAGAACAACAUUCUGGAUAUCAAGACCAAGACCAAGAUCCAGAUCAUGAAAACUUUGACUUGGAGCUAGAAGAUUAUGAUGCUGGUGAUUAUGAGAGUGAUGCAGAAUCCAGUAUUGACCUUAGUCAAUUGGAUGAUCAGAUUGCCACCACCAGAAGGGCAUUACAAGUUGAAUUGUCAUCAUUAUUGGAAUUAUUUGAGAAAUUCAGAGAGGCCAGCUCCUCUUCAGAAGAUGCUGGAUCAAAAGACGCCGAAGUUUGUGUUGUUGGAGGCAACACUAUCAAGGCGAUCCAUGAAUUAGUUCUUAAGUAUAACACCAGCGUUGAUAUUAGAUACGACAAAUUAAAGAAAAAUUUGGAUAGACAAUUGGAAGUGAAUGCGUUAUGGGAGAAUUCCAUACGUGAGUUGGAAAAUCAAAUUACUGAGAGAGAAUCAAGAUUGGCGCAAUUGAAAGAUCAAAGAAAGCAAUUGAAAAAAUAUUUUUCUACUGUCGGCAGUACCGGAAAUAAAACUGGAGGUACAAUGUCACCAGUUCCUUCUCAAAGAAUGACACUUCAUGAGGAGGAAACAGGUACAAGACUUUCACCUGAAGAUGAGUUAGCUCAACAACCAGAUGAUAAGCAAGUUGAAGAGAUUGACGAAAAGUUGAUUGAUGCCAAGAAUCACAACAACGGAUUAAAGGAAGUUGAAGAAUUCCCUCAAAUUCCUGGUGCUCUUCCUGAAGAUGUUAUUGAACAAUUUUUAGGAGAAGAGUCUGACGAUGACGAUGAAUUCUUUGAUGCAGAUGAAUUUGAAGAAGAAGAGGAAGCAGAAACUGAAUUAGAAGAGCAACCAACACAAAUUGUUUCCCAAGGUCAAGAGAUAAUUCCAAGUGGUGAACUUCCGACCGAGCAAGAAGAAGGUUUGGGUAAUAAGACUGCUACCAAUGACGAGGUUUUAUCAGCAACUAAAGUUGCUGGCGCAGCAGGAAUUGGUGGAAUAGCAGCUGCCUUAGGAGCCGCUCAUGAAGAAGUGAACCGAGAAGCUACCAACGAACCAGAAGAAAAGGAAGCAACAAUCAAAGAAACAGAAGAGAUAGGUCCAUUGGAUACUGCUACUGAUCAAGAAACAGCCGUGGAUGAAGGAGAACCAAAGGAAACAGUAGUAGUUGAUGAAUCAAAAGAAGAAGAAGAAGAAGCUCUUCCUGAAGAUGAUGGACUUAAUCCUGCUCAACGUGAAGCAAAUCAAUUACUUAUUAAAGAAGGUUCAUUCCUUGGGUACGAAAACCCACCAAGAAAGAGAUUGGCCUUGGAUGAAGAUAAUAGACCAAAAGUUGGUUUGUGGGGAAUUUUGAAAUCGAUGAUUGGUAAAGAUAUGACCAAGAUGACAUUACCUGUUUCAUUUAACGAACCGACUUCGUUGUUGCAAAGAUUAACUGAAGAUAUCGAAUACAACAAUUUGUUGAAUAUUGCUUGUCAAUACGAUGACUCCACAUUGCGUAUGAUUUAUGUUGCCACAUUUGCAGCUACUGAAUAUUCUUCCACUAUUGACAGAAUUGCUAAGCCAUUCAAUCCAUUAUUGGGAGAAACAUUUGAGUAUGCAAGACCAGAUGGCAAUUAUAGAAUUCUUGUUGAACAAGUCAGUCAUCAUCCUCCUAUAAGUGCUUGUCGUGCUGAAUCGGCAAAAUGGGAUUACUAUGGUGAAAAUGCUGUUGACUCCAAAUUCUAUGGUAGAUCAUUUGACUUUAAACAUUUGGGUAAGAUGUUUUGUGUUCUUAGACCAGAUAAUGGAGUUGUGAACAAGAAGGGAGAAUUGGUGCAUGAAGAAUUGUACAGUUGGAAGAAGGUUAAUACUGCUGUCGUUGGUAUUAUGCUUGGUAAUCCAACUGUUGACAACUAUGGUAAAAUGAUUGUUGAGAACCACACCACAGGUGAUACCAUCAUUGUUGAUAUGAAACAACGUGGUUGGAGAGCAUCUUCAGCUUAUCAGUUAUCUGGUCAUGCAUUGGAUAAGAAUGGGGUUGCCAAAUGGGCUAUGGGUGGACAUUGGAAUUCAAAGAUUUUUGCAAAGAGAAUUACCCAAGAUCAUCAUACUGAAGGUCGUGCUUCUGAACGAAGAAUGUCAUUGUUGGAUGAUCCAGCUAUCAAGUCUGGUGCUAGUACAAACACCAAUAAUGAUCCAUAUUCUGGAGGGAAAUUUUUAGUCUGGCAAGUUGCUCCUCGACCAAAAGUUCCUUUCAAUUUGACUGCUUUUGCUCUUACAUUGAAUGGUAUUGAUGAUAAUUUGAAGAAGUGGCUUGCACCUACAGAUACAAGAUUAAGACCGGAUCAAAGAGAUAUGGAAGAUGGAUUGUAUGACCGUGCUGCUGACGAAAAACAUCGUGUUGAAGUUAAACAAAGACAAGCCAGAAAAAGAAGAGAAGAGACCAAAGAGAAGUAUGUUCCUAAUUGGUUCAUUAAAAAGAAGCAUCCAAUUACUGGAGAUAUGUUUUGGGAAUGUAAUGGUACCUAUUGGGGAAGAAGAAAAGAACACGAUUUGGCAAACACGGGAGAUAUUUUUUAA